AUGUCUGACCAAGCUGUCGCCCGUUUGGCCGGCAUCAAUGUCGGCGCACCGGCGCGUCCUUUACCUAGUGCUGAUUUCGGUCUCAUCGGUCUGGCCGUUAUGGGCCAGAACCUGAUCCUCAACGUUGCUGAUCACGGUUUCACUGUCUGCGCUUACAACCGUACGACCUCCAAGGUCGACCGCUUCCUUGCCAAUGAGGCCAAGGGCAAGUCCAUUGUCGGUGCUCACUCCGUCGAGGAAUUCUGCGCCAAGCUGAAGCGCCCCCGCCGUAUCAUGCUGCUGGUUAUGGCUGGCAAGCCUGUCGACGACUUCAUCGAGUCUCUCCUGCCCCAUCUCGAGGAGGGUGAUAUCAUCAUCGACGGUGGUAACUCCCACUUCCCCGACAGCAACCGCCGCACCAAGUACCUGAAGGAGAAGGGCAUCCGCUUCGUCGGUAGCGGUGUUUCCGGUGGUGAGGAGGGUGCCCGUUACGGUCCCUCUCUGAUGCCCGGUGGUAACGAGGAGGCCUGGCCCUACAUUAAGGACAUCUUCCAGAGCAUUGCCGCCAAGAGUGACGGCGAGGCUUGCUGUGACUGGGUUGGUGACGAGGGCGCCGGUCACUUCGUCAAGAUGGUUCACAACGGUAUCGAGUACGGUGACAUGCAGCUGAUUUGCGAGGCUUAUGAUAUCAUGAAGCGUGGUCUGGGCAUGCCCGUCAACGAGAUUGCCGAUGUCUUCGCCAAGUGGAACAAGGGUGUCCUGGACUCGUUCCUUAUUGAGAUCACUCGUGACGUUCUCUACUUCAACGACAACGAUGGCACUCCCCUCGUUGAGAAGAUCCUUGACAAGGCCGGCCAGAAGGGUACCGGCAAGUGGACCGCCAUCAACGCUCUCGACCUUGGCAUGCCCGUCACCCUGAUCGGUGAGGCCGUCUUCGCCCGUUGCCUGAGCGCCAUCAAGGACGAGCGUGUCCGUGCCAGCAGCCUCCUCGAUGGCCCUACCCCCCAGUUCACCGGUGACAAGCAGGCUUUCAUCGAUGACCUCGAGCAGGCUCUGUAUGCCUCCAAGAUCAUCUCCUACGCUCAGGGCUUCAUGCUCAUCCAGGAGGCUGCUCGCGAGUAUGGCUGGAAGCUGAACAAGCCCUCCAUUGCCCUCAUGUGGCGUGGUGGCUGCAUUAUCCGCUCCGUCUUCCUCAAGGACAUCACCAACGCUUACCGCAACAACCCCGACCUGGAGAACCUCCUGUUCGACAACUUCUUCAAGGCCGCCAUCCAGAACGCUCAGCAGGGCUGGAGAAACGUCGUCAGCAAGGGCGCCCUCUGGGGUAUCCCCACCCCCGCCUUCAGCACUGCUCUGACCUUCUACGACGGAUACCGCACCCGGGACCUCCCUGCCAACCUGCUGCAGGCUCAGCGUGACUACUUCGGUGCUCACACCUUCCGCAUCAAGCCCGAGUGCGCCAACGAGAACUACCCCGAGGGCAAGGAUAUCCACGUCAACUGGACCGGCCGUGGUGGUGACGUGUCCGCUUCCACCUACGUUGUUUAA